AUGUCUGCUUCUAUCAAGAUCGUUGCUCUCUCUGGUUCUAUUCGAAAAGCUUCUAACAACACCGGUCUCAUCCGUUCCGCUAUUGAAUUGAGCAAAAGUGUUGUUGAGGGUGUUGAAAUUGAAAAUGUUGAUAUUUCAAAUCUGCCAUUGUUGAACACUGAUCUUGAGAAAGAAGGAACCUAUCCGGCUGAAAUUGAAGCUUUUCGCCAAAAGAUUGUUGCAGCUGAUGCCUUUCUCUUUGCUUCUCCUGAAUAUAACUAUUCUCUCUCUGCUCCACUUAAGAAUGCAAUUGAUUGGGCAUCAAGGCCACCAAAUGUUUGGGCGGGUAAACCUGCUGCUAUAGUGAGUGUUGGAGGAGGCCAUGGUGGUGCGAAAUCGCACUACCAUCUUCGACAAGUUGGAGUUUUUCUCGAUCUUCAUUUCAUCAAUAAACCCGAGUUUUUCCUCAACGCGUUUCAGCCUCCGGCAAAAUUUAACAGUGAAGGUGACUUGAUUGAUGAAGGUGCUAAGAGUAAUUUGAAGGAAGUUCUUUUGUCUUUGAAGGCAUUUACCUUGAAGCUUCAAGGCAAAAAUUGA